AUGCCCACCCCUCGCGACACCGGCGCCGAACUACCGCCGGAGCAAACGGCGCUGCUCGCCGGCCACGAGCCGCUCCUCGGCGAUGCUUCGCCCGGAAGAUGGACGGACACCAACGUGCCGGUAGAUGGACAAGGAGCCUCGCAGCAACAGACGGCAGAGGAAUCAGCUCUCUAUGGACCGAACCACGAGGUCAGCUUUGCUCGGGGCGUGGCCAUCGGCACCAGCUUAUUCGUGCUCAUCUUCAUCCACUCAACAAACAUGUCCGGCCUCACCAUGAUCCAAGGCCCCCUCGCCAUCGACCUCCACGCCCCCACCCUCGCCAUGUGGUUCACCACCAGCUACUUCAUCUCUGCCUCCUCCCUCCUCCCCCUCAUCGGCCGCCUCGCCGCAAUCUUCUCCCCGCGCGCCGUCGUCCUGCCCUGCAUCACCCUCUUCGCAUUCGGCAGCCUCUUCGCCUCCCAGGCGCGCUCCUUCGCGGCCUUUGUGGCCGGCAGGAUCGUCAUGGGCGGCGGAGGGGCGGGCAUCGUCGUCAUGGCCGUGGUGUUCGUGAUUGAGCUCACCGAUAAGAAGACGAGGGGCGUCAUGAUUGGGUUUGUCAAUGCGGCGUUUACCAUGGGCGUGUCUGUGGGCGCGGCGGUGUACGGCGUGUUGCACCCCGUUGUUGGAUGGAGACCACUCUUCUGGUUCCAAACCCCCAUCACAAUCAUCGCCGGCAUCGCCCUCUACCUCAGCCUCCCACCCUCCAUGUCAUCCCCUCCAACACAGCAAAACAACAAAUCUAACCCCCUAAGCCGCAAACUCGCCAGCAUAGACUACCUCGGCGCAAUCCUCCUCACCCUCACAAUCAUCCUCUUCCUCUACUCCCUCGCCGGCGACAUCCACCCAACCCCCCUCAUCCUCUCCGUCUUCUCCCUCAUCGCCUUCACCCUCACAGAGUUCCGCCUCGCCGCCAACCCCAUCAUCCCCCUAUCCGUCCUCUCCUCCCGCGGCGUCCUGCUCUCCUGCCUCGCCCAGCUCGGCCUCAUCACCGCCCGCUGGAGCAUCCUCUUCUACACCCCCGUCUUCAUGCUCGCCGUCCGCGCCUCCCCCGCCGCCGCCGCCGGCGCCGUCCUCAUCUUCACCAACCUGGGCUUCUCCCUCGGCGGCCUCGCCAUCGGCCAUCUACACAUCCGCCGCGCCGGCUCCUACUACAUCGCCCAACUACUCUCCCUCGCCUUCGCCUUCAUCACAAUCACCUCUCUAUCCAUCGUCUCCCACCCAACCACCCCGUCCCUCGUCUUCAUCGCCAUCGUCUGCCUCAACGGCGUCGCCACCGGCAUCGCCCUCAACUACGCCCUCGUCCACGUCCUCCACCUAAGCCACCCCAGCACCGAAUACGUCACCACCAGCCUGCUCGCCACCUUCCGCGGCUUCGGCGGCAGCUUCGGCACCUCCCUCGCCGGCGGCAUCUUCUACCGCCUCCUGCGCGCCCGCCUCGUCACCGGCUUCCUCGCCCUCGACGGCACCCCCGACCUCGGCCCGGCCCGCCGGAACCUCGUCGACCGGCUGCUCGGCUCGCCCGAUCUCGUGUGGUACGGCGACGUGCUGGCGCCGCCGGAGAGGCACGUAGCCGUCGACGGAUACGCAACCGCCAUCAAGGGCGUCUGGCAAGCCGCUGCCGUCUUGGCAUUGGUCGUGAUUGCGGUGCAGGCCGCAGCUGGGUGGACGUCGCCAAGAGAGGAGGCAGAAAGGAGGCUUCACCAAGACCAAGAGUGA